AUGAGCACCGACCCAAAGCUCGACGCCCUGCACAAGCAGCUCUUCGACGAGGGCUUGAAGAUGCGCCGCAGCGUCGUGGGCGACACAUACGUCGACCGAGCCCUCGCCAACGGGUCGACCGAGUUUUCGAAGCCCGGCCAAGAGCUCACGACCGAGUGGUGCUGGGGCUACGCGUGGACGCGGCCGGGGCUGGAGAAGAAGCAGCGGAGCCUGCUCAACAUCGGCAUGCUCAUGGCCCUCAACCGCGCCCCCGAGCUGGCCGUGCACAUCCGCGGCGCGAGGAACAACGGCCUCACCGAGCUGGAGAUCCGCGAGGCCAUUCUGCACUGCACCACCUACUGCGGCGUGCCCGCCGGCGUGGAUGCGAUGAAGACGGCCGAGAGGGUGCUGGACGAGAUGGCUGAGAGGGGCGAGAUGGCACGGGAGCUAGGGAACAAGGUUGCGUGA